AGGCUAGGUAAACAAACUGGGGGAGGAGAGCACAUAAGAAGCAAGGAAUUUGCAGCCGCUGGGCUUUAGGGGCUUUUGUACAGUUUCUAUUCAUUUUAUACAAUUUUUAGUCGCUCAUUUCCUAAGUACUUUUAAUAUUUUAAUACUCCUAUAUUGAUGAGGGAUUUUUUUAAAUUUGUUGGUCCUGACAAUUUUCUGUAACUAGCUUGCUAGCUAACCUAACUAGCGCUGGGAAGAAAAAUAUUUCAGGUCGGCACUCGGUUGUCAGAGCCAGCAAAUUUAAUAUAAAAAAUAAAUAAGUAUUUUUACAUUCUGGGAAAUAUCAAGUAAUAUAUUGUCACAAUUUCGCCUAACUUAAGCAAUAGUUGUCACCUUGAUACCAUAAAUCCAUCUUAACGCUAGCCAUUAAAACAGCAUGACUGCGGUGCUAAAUAUCCAGAGAUUGUUGGAAGCUGCCGAAUAUUUAGAGCGGAGAGAAAGAGAGUGCGAACACGGAUAUGCCUCGACGUUUCCGUCUAUUCAAAACUCGAGCUACCAGAGACAAAGGAAACUCCGGAAUAAAAAGUACAACAACAACCACAACAGGUCUACGCACAACGAAUUGGAGAAGAAUCGACGAGCCCACCUGCGUCUGUGUCUGGAGCGAUUGAAGGCUCUCAUACCACUGGGACCAGACUGUAACCGCCACACUACACUGGGCCUGCUCAACAAGGCAAAAGCACAUAUAAAGAAACUAGAGGAGACUGACCGGAAGUCUCGGUACCAGUUGGAGAGUUUGGAGAGGAAGCAGAGGCACCUCCGCCGGCAGCUGGACUCCCUACGGUGUGCCCCGGGACUCGGAGAGCCCGAGCGGAUACGCACAGACAGCGUGGGCUCCACCCUGGGCUCCGAACGCUCCGACCGUUCCGACUCCGACCAAGAGGAGAUCGAGGUGGACGUAGAGAGUACCGAGUUCUCCCAUGGAGAGCUGGACAGCAUGAGCACAGCCAGCACCAGUGACCUGGAUGAUCACAGCAGCCUGCAGAGCCUGGCUAGUGAUGAGGGCUACUCCUCCUGCAGCCUCAAGCUUGCCUUCAACUCCUAGACACACACACACACACACACACACACACACACACACACACACACACACACACACACACAGUCCCAGCAACAGCAGCUACUACCACCUCCCUCCCCCUCUCCGUGAUCCACUCCGAUACAAUCAAGUCCCUGACACUCCCUGCCACCGCCCCCAACCAAUCAGAACUUGUCGCAUCAUUCAGGUGACCAGAGCACAACCCGUCCUUUCAUUAGAAAAGCGUUUUGAUUGGCUGACUGAUAUUUCUGGAUGUUUAAGAAGGUGUGAGUGAGCAAAGACUUGAAGAAGCUCAGAGAUUUCUCACCUGAGAUUAUGAUUUUGUCUUUAUAUAGAGUUUUUAUAGAUGGCCUGUAAGGAUGUUUCAGCGCAUCUGUUUGAUACCAGACUGAAUGAUUUUACCAGUCGCAAACCUUUAUAAACACAUUGUUGGCCAGCAUUUUACAUUUCAUUUGAACUUCGAAUGAAAAUUAAAGUUGCUGUAAGUUGAUGUGAUGCAGCUGUCUGGCUGUUUUUAAACGUGGUUAUUAAAAUCGUCUUUCUCUUACGGGUUAAAAAGGCUUGUGAACUGGUCACCUGCUGGAACUUUCAGUCGAAGCAAUUGUUUGGACGGCUUCGAUCCACGAAGCUCGUAUCGUUUGAACAUGUGCUGGAAUGCUGGCCCUUACAUAUCAGGAUCGGUGGCCCCGCUUUCUUACAUCGUUCAAUAUCGUAAGGUCAGUGGUUACGAGGCAUGAACUAUGUCGACUGGUGCUAAACGAACCAACAACGUGGGCGAGAAUGCCCUCAUCAGCUGUCCGUCUCAUCACCGAUAAGGUUCAACAGUGGGAAACCAAAAUCUAACGGCCUUUCCCGUCGGUAGUGAGAGGGACAUUUCCUUUGUGUGUGUUCGAACCACGGAGACGUCCGUGUAACAUUUUCCACACAGCAGCUAUCAGGAGUGACUAUGUACCCAUAGAGCUGAUCGUAGAACUGGCAUGGUACCAGAACCAUAGCACCCCAAAUGUUCGAGUAGAUGCCCCGCCCCGCUCCGCCCUGCCCCGCCCCCAGCAGUAAUGAGCAAUAACUCCUCCAGUUCCAGCUUUACCUUAGUCACACCCCCACCCCCUCCCCUCCUGAGGCACUUACAGUGUCCGUCCUAAAGAGGAAAAUCCAACUUGCUUGUUUUUGUAUAUAAUACAUAAAUAGUUUAAUAAAUUAAGACAAAAGGAAAAAAACAGAGUUUAAAAAGGUAGAUACAAGUGGGUAGAAAUAUUGCCUCUGUGGCUGUUUGUCUUGUGUUUUUGUGCAUUUUAAAUUAUAUUUUUGGAAAGAUGAAUAUCCUCUUCAGAUGCUGUGGCAGAGUUGCGUGGACAGUAUUACCAUUAUGUUCAUUCUUGUUUGGGGGUUUUUUGUUUGUUUUUUGGUCCCCUGUUUAUAAUGUAAUGUUUAACUGCCCGAACGUAAACGUUUGUAAAAACUCCUGAUGCUCUGAAACACAUCGAGUUUGAACAGGAAAAUGAUGCAUGCACGGAUGAACGGGACAAAAAACAAAACAACAGCAACCAAGCACCCCACAACAUCAUCAUCAUCAACAACAACAACAACAACAACAGCAACAGCAGCCAACAUGCCCCAGCUGGGGUUGGGACCUGAACACAGACACUCGCCCGGCCGGGGCCGGGGACCCUGAGCACAGACGCGUUCUCGGCUGAGAUGCGCUUUUAUUUAUUAGCUAGUUAUCGUUUGUUAUUUUUGUGUGCGUGUUUGCUUGUUUGAAGCUACGAGGCAUUCCACUAUUGUGCUGAGGGCAUGACUGAGUGCCCAUGGGUGUGGCUGUGAGCACAUGGGUGGGGUUCUCUUUCAAGACAGUAACAAGAAGGAUAAAUAAA